AUGUCCGAAUGCCGACUGCCGCUGACCGGCCACGGCCUCACGAGUCCGGCCCACCUCGUCUACGUGGAAUACGCGGCCACGCCCGAGGGCGUCUCGGCCUACAGCUACACGGGCGUCGAGAGAAGACCCGUCUGUCGGGACUACCCUUGUGAGUGUGCCCUCGGCUUGUCGCCUCCGUCCGGCACGUUGGCAACCAACGAUGUCUACCUUCAUCUGCCGACGUCGCCGGUCUGUUGCCGUGGCGAUGAGCCGAUCUGGCCCACCGUCAUUGGCAGUGAUGACGAGGAGGUGAGGCGAGGCCAAUUCGCCUUAUUCGCCUUUCAGGAGUCGGGCCCAGAGGCGGCCGGUCCGGCGAGUGGAGUCGAUCGGGCCGGGCGGCCGAAGCGGCCGAGACGACGAGUCGCGAAGCGACCAGAUUUGGCCGCUUUGCCGCAACCGUUUUGCGACUCGUGCGUCGACGCUAACGUCGAAGUUGGCGUUGGCGUUGGCGUCUCGGACACGCAAGUGGCCAAACGCAACGCUCGAGAGCGCCGACGAGUGGAACAGGUGAACUCGGCGUUCGCCGAACUCCGCGGCCACAUCCCCGGCCUGGCGUCGGGGUCGGGCAAGGACGGCGACGGCCGAAGGCGACGGUUGCGUUCAGUCGCCGUCGGCGGCGAAUGUAGCCGCCGCCGCGGCAAGCACAAACUGGGCCAU